AUGAUCGGAAGCAUCUUCUUCAUCUUCAACCGCUUGACGGAGAUAGUUUUCCUCAUCCCCAUAAUUGGGAUGAUGGCCUAUUUCAUUGAUGGCUACCUAAAAGCCAAUAUGAUCACACCUCCAUACAUUCUCGUCCUCUUCAUCGUCUCUGUGAUUGCCGUCUUCUGGUGUAUCGACACUCUUAUCCGGCAUUCAACCACAAAACGCUCCGCCGCGUUCGUUUCCUUUGUCGACCUUCUCUUCUUUGGCGCCUUCAUAGCCGGUGUAUACCAACUCCGCUUUAUUGCCGACGCCGACUGCGGUGAUUGGGACGGCGGCAGUGUUUGGGUCUCCCUGGGCCCCUUUGGCGCAUUCGGGCGCCAGUCUGGCAACAAUCUAGCAGAUGACCUAAAUAAGACGUGUCGGAUGCUGAAGACCUGCUUUGCGAUUGGCAUUAUGGAGGUGCUCUUCUUCUUCUGGACGGCGAUCAUUGCGCUCUGGCUUUAUAGGCGUAACAAUGAUCGCCCAGUUGUUGUCAAGGAGACGACGACAGUCAGGAGGAGAAGCCAUAGCCAUGGCAGUCGUAGGGGACAUGGGAGUAGCCACUCGAGAAGGCACAGUAGUUCCAGUCGCAGGCCGCAUUAUGUGGUUUAG